AAUUCAGAUUCAUCUGAACCGUUCGCCUGUUAAGUCGUCGAUCGCCUGUCAAGUUUCGUUACGUUAAUUUUAUUGAAGUAGCAUGUUCCGUGGUAGUCUUUAAUAACCGUUUAAAAAUUAUAUUCUUUGAUCAGACAUAAAUAACAACACAAAAAUAAUUGGAGUUUGAAAAUUAAACUCAAGUGGAGAAUAAUUCGUAACGCGGAGUACAACAAAGAAUGAGCUUGUAAACGUAGUGCAAAUUAUACUAUACGGAAUACGGAUUACAUAUACGAGAACUACGUAGAACAGCAAUCCUCAAACCUCGUGCCAAAACACCACCCUUGGUAGCAGUUGGCUCGAUUUAAAGUGAAGUGAUUCAGUUGUCAUAUAGGCAAUUCAGUGAAUAUUCUCUACAACAAUUGCAUAAUAAUUAUAAAUAAAUUCAAAACAUCAACGAAUUUCAACAACUACAAACAAUAGAAUAACAUCAGAAAUCAUGGUUUCCACCAACGCUUAUAAAAUGCUGCUGAAUAUUGCUGUUAUAGUGGCUGUUAUAACAUCUCAAUGUUUGUCAGUCAAUGCUCUACGUUGCCACCAAUGUAACUCACACAAGGAAGAGGACUGCAUCAAAUUACAAUUGAGUACUCCAGGCGAACUCCGCGAUAAUCAAUUUCUCAAAGAGUGCGUUGUUCAAAAUGGUCAACAGCCCUUCUGCCGCAAAACUGUGUUGAAAAUCGAAGCGACUGGUGAAGAGCGCAUUAUACGUGAAUGUGGCUGGAUGCGUGAUAGAAUUCAAACUGAGAAUGGCAUCAGCUGCUUCAAUUCCGACAAUGAGGGCUAUAUCCAAACCAUCUGUGCCUGUGACGAAGAUGGCUGCAAUGGUAGCCAAAGCUUGGCCAAAUCCAAAUGGAAUGUAUUGGGAGUGACAGCCAUGAGUGUAGCAAUUGCCACAAUAUUGCAUAGAAAUUGAGUUAAUCUACCAAACUGCCUUAGUGGGGACAGUGGGGAAUGGUUUUGCAGAUCCGCCAUUAAGUCAUGCUACCCAGCAUGGGGAACGAAUUUAUUAUUUUUUUGUUUUGUUAUUUUCGUAGUAUUGUGUCUAUCUUUAUAUAUUGUUCAAUAUACUAAUGAAAAUACUAACACCGUUAUUCACAAAACUUAAUAUAGUCUUAAAAUUGGUUUAUUUGAUAGAUUUCGUUUAUAAAACUGUCAUAUAAACCUAUUUAAAGGCUUUGUUAAGUUUUGUGAAUACGGCCGUAAGCUGUUAAUUAUAUUAAGUAAAACUCUCAUCUCUAUAGACAUACCAAAAAUUAAUACUUU